AAGAAAUAGUAGAUAAUGAGGAACUAACUCUGCAAAAACAAUUAAAGGCGAAAGAAAUUUUACUUACAGAAGAAACCCUAUUCGUACAAAAUAUUGAAAAUAUGGGUCGAACAAAUGUUACGACUCAUAGUAUUAAUACCGUUUUACCUAUUGUAAGAAAUGAAGCUGUUAAAAGAGUUGAAAAAGCACAAGAAAGUGCUAAAAGAAAAUAUAAUCAAAACUUAUUACCUAUAGAAGAAUUUAAAGAGGAGAUCAA